AUGAUCAAGCUCAAGAAUAACGUAAUAUAUAACAAUCCUGGUGAUUCAUUUCUACCGUUAUAUUUAUCCGAAAAUGAGUUGGAUUAUUUUCGUGGAGAAAGAUUCGAGAAGAAGACUAAAUUAGAUUUUCCAACUUCAUUUAACAUUCAAGAGUUUGAUAUAUUUGGCUUUUCUAGUGUUAAAGGCAUAUUUUGUCUGAUUGAAUCUUUAUAUACACAACCUCAAAGAGUUGUAUUGUGGAACCCAACCACCGAAGAAAUCAAGAUCAUUCCUCCCAGCUUGCGUGUGUCACGUCUCAUUGAAUCUUCUCCCCAUGAUGAUGAAUGGCCAGAGUUUUAUGUUCAUGGAUUUGGUUAUGACCAAGUUAACAAUGACUAUAAGGUGGUUCGUUGUGUACAAAUUCCUCUAACUCAUUAUCUACACAUCUUUUGGGAGAUAUAUAGGUUAAGAAAUAAUUGUUGGAGUGAACUUAAAUUUAAGAUGCCUGCUUCUUAUUCGAAUCGUCAGGAUCUCUAUGUUUACACCGACGGAACAUGUCAUUGGUUGUCUGUACGUUAUAAAGGUUAUAAAGAUAGACUAUGUUUAAUAUCAUUUUAUUUAAACAAUGAAGUCUUCAAAAAAACAUAUAUACCUUACAUGGAUGAAACUUUUGAUCGGGAAGGAGAAGGGAUACAACUGAUUGUGUUACAAAAGUUCAUUGGCUUAAUAUCAUAUCAUAAGUCUACGACUACACUUCACAUAUCAAUUUUAGGUGAAAUCGGCGUGAAGAAGUCAUGGACCAAACUUAUUGUUAUUGGGAUGACACCUAGUCUUAUGCAUCCUAUUAGGGCGAAAAAGAAUGAAGAAAUAACAAACAAUAAGCUAACCUGGUUUGACCAUUUAAUUACUCAUAUAUUUGAGAAGCUUGAAGGUAAACAACAUAAUUCUCUAGUAUAA